AUGAAUUAUACCCUCCGUCCAGAGGAUAUGGUCACGAUCAAAAAAUUGGGCGAAGGUUCUGCAGGAACCGUAAGCAAAGUCAAGCAUGUUCCCACAGGAUUUGUCAUGGCGAGAAAACACGUUCGAUGUGAUCCCAACCCUGAUUUUCAGAGACUGCUUCAGCGCGAACUAAAAACUCUGGACAGGUGUCAUUCCCCAUGGAUAGUCACCUUUUAUGGCGCUUACAUGGAGGACGACGAAUUGGCGAUCUGCAUGGAGUAUUGCGAGGGAGGAAGUAUGGAGGCGGUCUAUAAGCGGGUGCUAGAGAAGGGACAGACAAUAUCGGAGAGCAUCCUCGGCAAGAUCAGCGAGGCCGUUCUCAACGGUCUGGUUUAUCUGCACAAGAUGCACCAUGUCAUCCACAGAGACUUGAAGCCGUCCAACAUUGUGGUCACUAUGGAGGGUCGGAUCAAACUCUGCGACUUUGGUGUCAGUGGCGAUCUUGUUAACUCACUUGCAGAGACAUUCGUCGGAACAAGUUAUUAUAUGGCUCCUGAACGAAUCCAAGGAGGAAAGUAUCCUGUGCAGUCGGAUGUGUGGUCGCUAGGACUGACUAUGGUGGAGAUCGCCCAGAUGAAGAACCCGUUCCCAACAAAUCUGGCAGCCUUUGAGCUGUUGCAUUACAUCGUCAACCAGCCUGUUCCUUCGCUGCCAGAGGAUGAGCCAUGGUCAAAAGAUUUCAGGGACUUCUUGAACCAAUGUUUCAUCAAGGACUUUAUGAAGCGGCCAACACCGGAGCAAAUCAUGGACCACCCAUUCAUUAUCGACUCGUCAAAACGGACAGACGAGGAGGUCGACAUGAAAUCGUGGAUCCAGCACGUUUGGGAUUUCGAAAGUCCCUCGGUCCAAACCCCCAAAGUCGUCUAA